CUUAACUUAAAGCUGGACCCCAAUCCUCUCAUUCAAACCGACAGUACUCCCUGUGUUCUUCCUACCGGGCUUUGACUAAGGUUUCAAAAAGACAGUUCACCACUUUGAUUGGGCGCGCAAGAGGUAGUGUCAGCACAAUGUCAAGAGCCAAAGUCGAAUUGAUCCCUUGGGAUCCCAAGUCUCCAGACCACGUCACAAGAAUGAUAGAUCAGAGAAUAGCAUGCGGCUGGGCUUCGGACCUAGUGCCGCAAUGGCAGGAGAACCAACGAACCGGAUUCAAGUGCAUCUACUGGCUUGUACUUGCAGAUGAGGAUCCUGAGCGAGAAGCAAGGCUGGCAAAGCACAUCGCCGAAUACCCCAAAGAGAAGAACCCCAUUCUAGACACAGCAGAAUCCAUCAGCGCAACCCCGCGAACCCCAACACGCGCGUCCUUCCACCCAGUCGGCCACAUCUCUCUCGACGUCGACAACCCCGCCGCGGCGCCCCUCAAUCUCCCGAUCCCCAAGGAAAACGUCUACUGGAUCAAGAGCCUCUACGUGUCAUUCGCACUGCAGAGCUGCGGUAUCGCCAGGGCCGCCAUGGACUUGGUCGAGAGCAUGGCCACUAGUGAGCCGCUCUGCGCAAGGACGCUCAUGUUGGAUACGGUCUCUAAGGAGGACCAGUUGAGAAAGGAGUCCAUGGUUGUGGCGCAGGGAAAACUUCCGCCGACGCCGACACAUGCAUGGUAUGAAAGAAGAGGAUAUAAACUGAUCCACACCAUCAACAACUUCUACGGGUUCCCAGAGAAGGAUCCGGAUGGCAACUUGCUCAUUCGAAGAACAGUGUUCUUGCGCAGAGAUCUCGUCUAGCUUAUUUUUCUAAAUCCUCGGCGCGUGCAUGAAACUACCUAGAUCUAAAUCCGG